GUGAUGCAGUUGAAAAUAAUUUAAGUGAGACUUUUAACGGAUACAUUUGCAUACCGAGAGCAAAACCCAUUCUUGAGAUGCUUGAAGAAAUACGAGCCAUGUUGAUGGAAAGGAUGACAGAGAGAAGCCAAUUAAUGGUUGAUCGAAUGGAUCCAAUUUGCCAAAGAAUUAGAAUGAAGUUGGAGAAAACUAAACUGGAGUCUAGGUAUUGUUUUGCUAGAGCAUCUUUGGGGAAUAAAUUUGAGGUUGAAGGGGAUGGCAAUAGAUUUGUGGUUGACUUGGCUAGAAAGACUUGUGCUUGUAGGGAAUGGGAUAUCUCUAGAAUACCAUGUAGACAUGCCAUAUGUUGCAUUGCUUUUAUGAAGUUAGAGAUCAAUGAUUAUGUUGAUGAUUGCUUUAAGAAAGAUGCUUAUGAAAAUUGUUAUAAAUUUCCCUUCCCGGUCAUGAAUGGGGAAAUAAUGUGGCCCAAAGUUGGUGGUGAGCCAAUCAAACCCCCACCUUACAGAAGGAAAAGGGGUAGAGAGAAGAAAAAUAGAAUCAAGGAUAAUGAUGAGCGAAGUAGUGAUGGUAAGAAGUUGACGAAAGUUGGAAUUCAAAUGCAAUGUUCAAAUUGCCUUCAAUAUGGGCAUAACAAGAAGACAUGCAAGAAUCCUAUGACAUCAAGGCCACCCAAAGCAAAAAGAGGAAGACCAAAGAAAGUUGAUGAAGCUAGUGGUGCGCAGGCUAGUUCACAGGCCAAUAGACCAUCUAAUAGGGACUCCACUAUCAUCAGGAAGGAGAGAGCACAAGCUAGUGCUUUAUCAAGCAUAAUUUUACUUUCAUAUCAUGUGUAUAUUGUCAUUAAUGUUUUAUGCUCAUUUUGUUUCUUUAGGCUCAACAAGGUUAUGGACUUUUCAUAUCCGAAGCUACUGGGAAUUCUUAUUUAAGGAUGCCUGGUAGUGAUAGAGUUAUUGACAUUGGAGGUCCAUCUAUUUCCAAGAGGCAGACAAGAGCAAGGAAUGUCAUUGAAGUUUCACU